UUGUUAUGCAGUAUUGGUUCAAAUCGCACGACGUAUUUUUAUAUUUGAAAUAAGAUUUUUUUUUCCAAAAUGUUCCGGUUUUUGGUUAUCGCUUUCUUAGCUGUUGCUGCGGCUGAUGUAGUCAUUGUAGAUGGACCUUGCCCAGACGUAAAGCCGAUGGAAAGUUUCAAGUUUUCUGAUUACCAAGGUACAUGGUACGAGGUCGCCAAAUUCCCGAAUACUGGAGAAGAUGGUAAGAAAGGCAAAUGUACGACCGCUGAGUACACAAUUGAUGGUGACAAAGGUAAAGUGAAGAACUCUCAAGUUGUGGACGGCGUCAAGUCUUACGUCGACGGUGACAUCGCAUUGAUAGCACCUGGUAAAGUGAGAAUCACCUACAAGUUUGAAGAAUUCACCAAGAAUUCGGUGCUGACUGUUCUCGACACUGACUACAAGAACUACGCUAUCGGAUACAGCUGCAAAUUCUUAGACAAGGAAAACAAACACCAAGUGUUCUCCUGGAUUUUGUCAAGAACCAAGAGCUUGGGUGACUCUCAGGCUAAAGUGGACGCCUUCUUGGCCAACUUCCCUGCUAUUGAUAAGUCUAACUACGUCUUCAACGACUUCUCUGAAGAAACAUGCAAGUUCACCUCAACUAAAGCCAUCACCAGCAUCCGCAAGAAGAACUAAAUCGAUUAUUUUUAAAUGUUUUUUAUCGAUAUUCGUAAAAUGUAGAACAUUACUAGACAUUUUAUCGAAUUAUUUGAUUGAUAUCAGCUCAUGUUUAUGAUAAACUGUUCUUCCUAGUUUUAGCUCCGUAGUAAGACAUGUGUCUAUAUUAGUAUGUAGUUAUUUUCUCCUUAUACAUUCUCAGUGUAAAAAGAAAAUAAAAAGUUUAUUCAACAGA